CAUCAUCAAAAAAGUCUAUGCUACAACUUUCACCAAGACAGCCUGACGCUUCAUGGACCUUAAGCAUGAGCGACACAAUUCUAAGGCUCGCCGGUCUACAGCAGGCUCGAGGAAGAAGGGGAAGGUACGUCGUAAAAGCAACGGUAUUGCCACUACAACCGAUGCACUACCUGAUCCCAACGCUGCGAUCCUUGAAUACAAAUCACUCGAAGAUAAGGAGCGCGACAGAAAAGAGAGGCUUGUGAAGGAGCUUGCAGCACAGUCAGAAUCCAAAGUAUCGAGACAGAAGCGAAAGAGGCUGGAAAAGUAUGUUGAGAAAAAGCUAAGAAAAGAAGAGAGACUUGUAAUUUUUGAGAAGCUAGCCCAGACGCAAGCUCAAACUUCAAGCCUUGAUCUUCAAUCAUCGUCUACUCUUGGUACAGGAGCUACCUCUACAGCUCGGGAACGCCAGGAUAAGCUAGAAGACAAGGAAGUACGUCGUGCUAUGGAGGGCCAUCCCAAUAAGCGUCGACGGCGCCAUAACGAUUUCACUAUUCAUGAAUACGGAGAUAGCGAGGGCGAAUCUGACGCGAUGGAUGACUUUGUUGAGACAGCUGAUCAGACACCACAGCAUGAUGAACAUGAGGGUCCAGUGACGAAGGAGUUCUUUGAUCCUACUUUGGCUUCGACAGUCUCGCAGCCAGCUUUAUCCACUUUCGCUGUUGGUGGAGCGCUCAAACGGAAUCCUGAUGGUUCUGUUGUGGCGCCCCUAGUCGUGAAUAAAAAGAAUGGAAAGAGUCGAAUGAAGGCCUCUUUUCCGAGCUGGAAAAGAAGGGUGCCACAGACAGAGAUUUCAGAACAGGAAUCAGAAUCAUCAUUUGACAGCUCUGAUUCGGCCUAUGAUACCGAUGAAGAACAGCACAAUGAAGAUCGAGAAGAAAACAUCUCGGCAGUAGGUUCAGAUGAGGACGAAGAGUGUCCUCCACCUGCAAAGAAACGUCUUGGAUUUAAGGACUGGGCCGUAAGACAGCUCAACACAGCAAAAGGUCAUGUAAUAACUGAAGGGACCCCAUCGUUGCUCGAAAUCGAGCACCCAGCCCCACCUCCAUCUCAAAAACCAAAGUCAAUGUCGUCACAGCCGAAUUCAAUGCGCGGUCCCCUGGGUGAAGACCUCAAGCUUCCUUCUACAUCUUUUGCAGAACGCAUGACGAAAACCCAAGAAACGUUUUCUGCGUCUUCUAGAAGCAUCAAGUCGGUAUCCGUUAUUCGUCCCCUUGAUAUCCAGGAGUCGAGGAUGCAGUUGCCUAUCAUUGCAGAAGAGCAGCCCAUCAUGGAAACCAUCAUGUUCAAUCCAGUGGUAAUUAUCUGCGGUGAAACUGGUAGCGGAAAGACUACCCAGGUCCCACAAUUUCUCUACGAAGCCGGUUUUGGCAAUCCUACUGGAGAAAACCCUGGAAUGAUAGGCGUUACGCAGCCAAGGCGAGUUGCGGCAAUGUCAAUGGCGUCUCGAGUGGCUCGUGAACUAUCCUUGACCUCGUCCCGCGUGUCGUACCAGAUCCGAUACGAUGCAACCGUGUCUCCUUCAACUACGAUCAAGUUCAUGACCGAUGGGGUACUUUUGCGUGAACUUGCUACCGAUUUCUUACUCUCAAAAUAUUCGGUGAUUAUCAUCGACGAAGCGCAUGAGCGUAGUAUGAACACCGACAUCUUGAUCGGCGUCCUUAGUCGGGUAAUCAAGCUACGUGAACAAAUGUGGAAGGAUGGCUCAGAGGGUAUGAAACCACUACGGCUUAUAAUCAUGUCGGCGACCCUACGCGUCGGCGACUUUGCAGAGAAUCAGACGCUGUUCUCGUCGCCGCCUCCGGUUGUCAACGUUGAUGCUCGCCAACACCCUGUAACAAUACACUUCAAUCGACGGACGUCUUCUGACUAUGUGCGCGAAGCGGUCAAGAAAGCGGCCAAGAUUCAUGCUCGUUUGCCACCGGGAGGUAUCCUCAUAUUCUUGACAGGGCAAAAUGAAAUUCUGGGCGUCUGCAAAAAGCUCGAGGCACGAUAUGGCAGAAAAGCUCUGGAAGCAAGAAAGAAGAGGAGACAAGUUAUUCAAGCUUCUUCUGUUUUUGCAGAAUCCGUUACCAGUGAAGCUCACUGUCCUAUUACUCCGCUUCAUGCCGACAUCGAGGUCGAGGAUAUCGAGUUUGGCGUUUACGAGCAGGAGUUAGCACUCGAUGUGGACGGAGAUCUUGCGGAGGAAGAUCCUGAAGGCCUUGAUAGUGACGACGAAGAUGGGGUCAACGCUGAACUUGGCAUCGAUAUCGAGGAGUGUGAUGUCCCAAUGCAUGUCGUCCCUCUGUAUUCGCUCUUGCCGAGCGAGAAACAAAUGCGAGUUUUUGAUUCACCACCAACAGGCUAUCGUUUGGUGGUAGUAUCAACAAAUGUUGCAGAGACCUCCCUUACAAUACCAAAUAUACGUUAUGUAAUCGAUUCUGGUCGAGCGAAAGAGCGACAUUAUGAUAUGGCGAGCGGAAUUCAGUCCUUCCAGGUCAGUUGGAUCUCCAAGGCUUCCGCCGCCCAGCGAGCUGGUCGUGCUGGUCGUACAGGUCCAGGACACUGCUAUAGACUCUAUUCCUCUGCUCUUUAUGAGCAUUAUUUCGAGUCUUUUUCACAGCCUGAAAUCCUGCGCACGCCGAUCGAGGGCGUCGUUUUGCAGAUGAAAAGCAUGAACAUUGAUGCAGUUGUCAACUUCCCUUUCCCAACCCCUCCAGAUAGGCAGGUGUUGAAAAAGGCUGAGACGGUCCUGACUCGUCUUGGCGCGCUCAGUAGUACACCUCUCGUAUCGCAAGCGGGGGUGUCUAUGUCAACGAUCGGGGGCCAAGUGACGCCUCUAGGGAAGGCAAUGAGCUUGUUCCCGCUUUCCCCACGCUUCUCUCGAAUGCUUGUUGGGAGUCAGCAACAUGGUUGUUUACCUUAUGUGAUCUCGAUUGUGGCAGCGAUGUCGGUCGGUGACCCUUUUCUUCGCGAAGAGGGAUUAGAUGCCGAUAGCGAGUCUGAUGGUGACGAUGAAGGACUGGGACACAUCAAGAACGCUUCCGUUAGAGCGAAAGAGGCGAUGAGGGCCCGUCGGCGGACAUUCUUUGAUGACAUUUUCAGAUUACUCUCGGUUGUCGGGGCCUACGAGUAUUCCGGAGGGGGUCACCAGUUUUGUAAGGCCCACUUUGUAAGGCCAAAGGCCAUGGAAGAAAUACACAAGCUGCGAGCACAACUAAGCAGCAUUGCCGAAGCAAAUUUUCAAAACGCUGAAGUCGGCUUUAACACAAACAUUAAACCCCCCAACGACACUCAGCUAAAAGCUAUCCGUCAACUACUUGCUGCCGCCUUUAUUGAUCAAGUAGCGGUACGGAAAGAUCUGAUACAAAAAAACACUAGUGGGAAGCAGUUUUCAACUGCUAAAGGCGUCCCGUAUGCGGCGGUGGGAGUGCCCGAGGAUGUUUUCAUCCACCCAACGUCUGUGCUUAUGAAUCGCCCUCCGCCAGACUAUCUCGUCUUUUCUGAAGUAGUCCAAACAUCACGGACCUGGAUCAAAGGACUCACAAUCAUAAAUCCUGCAUGGCUGUCGAGUCUUGGAAAACAGAGUAUGUGCACGUUUUCCAAGCCUUCCAAAAACAAUGCCGGUGUCAUGAUGUCUAUACCACGGUUUGGGCCAGAUCAGUGGGAGCUGCCUCCUGUGAAGGUGUGAUUGAUAUAAAACUGUAUUAUUCGAUAUGUAUGCAAUACGAUCUAGACAGUACAGCCAAUAGGCUUUAUCGAGAAAUCGCUGACAUUGAUGACGCCGUUGCUGAAGCUCAAGGCCCCUCCCUCCCACACAAAUUUGAAAAGUCUUCAUCGUUGGUCAUGUGGCUAGCUAUUGCAAUUAUGUUUGGCUUUGCAAAGCUUUUCGUGUUCUGAAGUAUUCAUGAGCGAACGUAACAUGCCUGCACUUUGGGUUGUCAAGUUUUACCACACCUGUAGAACGGCGAUUGAUUAUACCUCAGAGUCGCACUAAUGAUACGUUAAUUAAUAUGCUCUCGGUAACUUGACGCGACCGUCUAUGCGCAUCGUAGACAAAUACUCAUCAUAAUCGAUUGAGGUUGGGUGAUGGUGCACUUCC